AUGCAGUUUCUGGUGUUUGCAGCAACAAUUUUGGGAUUAAGAGUCACAAUGACUAGCGCUAUACCAGUGAAUUUCAUCAAUCGUUGCAACGUUGCGAUUGAUUUAUACAACAAUACAUACACGGAGGUGAUUGUUCCAGGAUGUAAUACAACUCGACAUCUAAACGAAGGCUUUAGUGGAAUGUUUCGGAAUGGGUGGAAUCCUCAAGCAACACUUGCUGAAUUUUCUGUAUCGUGGGGAUUCCUAUGGUACGACAUCGGAAUCAUUCCUACUAGUCCUCGAAGUGGACCAGGCAACUGCUUAUCACUUGAUGAAUGCAAGAAUAUUACGGGCGGAGUUGGAUUCAACACACCGAUUCGGAUUGCGCCAAACGGGUGUACAGUAGUCACGUGUUUGGCCGACGGUUGUUCAGAUGCAUAUCAAUUUCCCACAGAUGAUUGGAAGACACAUGCGUGUCCCGACACAACAUCAAAUGUCGAUGUCACUUUUUGUCCAGAAGGAUCUCACGCUGUAUCAGCGCUAACUCCAAUUAAACCAAAGUGCCCAAGGCGCUGCAACUCAAGAAUUCUUCACUCAUUAUCGACUCUUACUGCUACUGCUAUGGUUCUCGCUCAUCAAGACGCGUGGCGAAGCCACCCAUUCAUUUCUAACUGCGCUAAGAAGCCGCUUACAGGUUUUGGUCUGGCAUCUGCAAUUUUCAGUGUCUAUCUCGUGGUAGACACGCUUAACUCGCGCUUUUCAUCUGGAAGUAAAGAUGGCGGUGCACAUGCUGAAUUGGAUGAAGUUACGGGAAGUAAACGCAAGUAG